GCACAUCGGCAACUUCAAACCAAACAAUGGUGGCGACAUGAAGAGAACAUAUUUGAGAAUGGUGAGCUGGUUGUCGGUGGCUAUCGUCUGCUACUGUUUGACUCUCGUGGUCGGAGUGGAAUCUCACUUGGAUAGGGUGAAAAGGGAUAUAGACUGUCAUCGUGAAGCAGUAAAACGGACAGUCGCGGGGCCACCGUUCACCAAGGCACGCCGUUAUGUCUACGACACGCAUCUAAGCCGAUGCCGUCGAACCCUCCACAGAGAAAGAAGGUCAAGUUCCUUGAUGUACCCAGGUACUAAAUGGUGUGGUCCUGGAAAUAAUGCCAAAGAUUUCAACGAUCUCGGCACGGAGCGCGAAACCGACAAAUGCUGUCGAACACACGACCACUGCAAAGAUUUCAUAGCGGGAAGCAGCUCUGCGAAUAAUAAAUACAAGCUAGCAAAUACAAGUCCCUAUACAGCAUCUAGCUGCAAGUGUGAUGCAAUCUUAUACAGAUGCCUGAAAAUGGCAAACACCGAAGCUUCCAAUGGAGUGGGUAAUCUCUUCUUUAAUGUAUUCCAAAUACAAUGCUUUAAAGGCGACGGGAAAGGCGGGUACACUUUUUCAUCGACGGCAUCCUAUAGAUAAAAACACUGGCCUUUUGGACAAGUUAAAAAAUAUUGUGAACAGUAGAACUUUUUUACAAUAGCCGGUUAGUCAUAGCGAUUGGCCGUUUGAUGGGAGAGGAGUCAACAUUUCGGUGUGCGCCAGGAUGGCGAGAUACCCUUUUGAUCAGGCAGGGUGUGCAAUACCAACCAUGACAUGAGUAUAGAGACAGAUGCUUAGUACUUCCUGUUUAUAUCUAGUAUAGCAAUAAAACACUGUAUCACA